ACAGUAGCUGUGACACAGCCCUCCGAAGUCAGUGUCUCUGUCAGCGGCCGAGCAGCAUGGACAUAACGGCACUCUGCACUGUCCUUGCCGUUCUGAGAGUCCUUCCCAAUAGAUCCCAGUUCUUCCAGUAUGAGACUGUGUCUCUGAGCUGUGGGCAGCAGGAAGAGUGGAGAGUUAAGAGAAACACAUCUAAAAACAUCAACAAAGAGUGCUUCACAUCCAGGAAUGGAACAAAUGAAUCCCUCUGUUUCAUCGAUGACCUUUACCCAUCAGACAGUGGAGUGUACUGGUGUGAGUCUGCAGAAGGAGAGUGCAGAGAUGCUGUCACCAUCACUGUGACCAGGGGCUCUGUGAUCCUGGAGAGUCCUGUUCUUCCUGUGAUGGAGGGAGACGAUGUGACUCUGCGCUGUACAAACAGGACUCCCUCGGCCUCCAAUCUCACUGAUUUCUACAAAGACGGGUUUCUGAUCAGGAGCAGCUCUACGGGAAACAUGACCAUCCACAAUGCCUCUCAAUCUGAUGAAGGAGUCUACAAGUGUAACAUCUCUGGAGUUGGACAAUCACCAGACAGCUGGCUGAUUGUCAGAGCAGGACGCCAUGAUGGGGCGCCUUCCACCUUCACAUACAUUCUACUUCCUGUCGUGGUGGUCGUGUGCCUCUUGCUGCUCUUUCUGCUCUUGCUGCUGCUCUGCCUCUGGAGGAGCCACAAAGGUAAAGUCGACCCCGAUGUCUCGUACACUGAUGUCAUCAUCACGCAGGAAGUGCAACCAAACAGGAUCCGAGACAUCGACGCUGCACCGACUUUCUACUCAACAAUCAAACCAGAAAACACCUGACAGGAAACUACAGCAAUGUCCCGUGUGUUUUUACAUUGAACAGGAAUUGAAGGGUUUUUUCUGUCCUGCAGCUGAAAGACUGACGCUGAACCACUUCAACAACAAGGAAAUAAACAUUGGUCGGCAAAAAACUCUGUGCAGAUGUUAAAAUGAUCUGUUUUCAGUUUUAUACGUUGGUGAGAAUAAUAAGCCGUUCGUCUCAGGUGCUUCCAUGUUUGUUUGAGAACGAGGCUGCACGAGACUGAACCCGCUUUCACUGAUGUUUCAAUACUGACGAUGAUUACCAGCCAUCGGAUUAUUGUUGACAUUUAAAGUCAUUAAUUAUUGAUUAUUAACUGAUUAUUAGUACUACCUUGUGUUCUGGAAAUUAGCGUUUCCUUUACAAUUAAAUGUGUUAAUGAGUAUUUAAUAAUUGGAAGCAUAAACACGUUUUACUUUUUAAGUUGAUUCGGCCGCUCAUAAAAAUCCUAAACAUUUCAGUUCACACAACAACACAACUUAUCAAAAUAAUGUUUGUAGCUUUCUCUUAAUCAAUUAAUUAGAAGUUUUAUCUCGCAACCAAGAAUUUUAGAUGGCGGACUCCACCAGAAGAAGAUCAAACACAAUGAUUUUCAUAUUCAGAUGACUAAUGAAAACAGACCUAUUAAUAUUAUAUUUAGUUUCUGACAAUAGAUGUUACACACUGGACCUUUAAAAUAUAAUUCUCAUGAUAAUAAUUAUAUUAAUAAACUUUAUUUAUUUAAGGAGGAUUGGAAACAUUUCAGAAACAGUCAACAUAAAUACUAACAAUGAAACAGAUAAAGCAUAUUCCAUCACAAACAACAACAAUAAUAAUAAUAAAAUAGACGAGAUGAUGGAAUAAAUAAAAGGCCUAACAUUUGGACACAAUCAGAAAAAUACAGGCUUUAAAGGGAACAAACUGGAGCUCAAAGCUUUUUGUAAGAAAUAUUAUCAGUCAGGUUGAGUUUAAAACACUGUCAGAUAAACAGUGUUAUCUCCAGUGGUUCCCAACCUCUGGGUCAGGACCCCCAUUAGGGGUCGCCAAAGCUUCAUGAGGGGUCACAAGGUGUAAGGAAACUCAAAAACUAUACACAGUGAGUAAUUUGUGUAAUUCUGUGAAGUAAACUACAUGAAUUCAUUUGCUUAGAUUGAAUAUAUGAUUGUUAAAAAAAAAAGAAAAUACACAAAACAGACACGACAUGAUGAUGAUGAAAAUGAUGCAGUAUUGAGUUUCCUGCAGUUAUUGUGUUCAGUGUUUGGGUUCAUUGUUCAGUUUAACAGCUGCUGUCUCCUGGUAUUGUUAUGUGAUGAAUAUGUGAUGAAUAUAUGAUUAUAGACAGAAAAUGGUCCCUGACGGACAAAGCAGCUAAAUAAACCUAGCUUACAACA